UUCACCUCAAUAAAAUGAUGUUUUUUAGACUAUUGGCUAUUAUUCUUGCAGUAUUUCACACAUGGCCGCUAAACAGGGCUCAGCCAGAUCAUAUCCAGAAGUAUAAGCGGAUACUGGCACAGAGAGCGGAUCGAGCGCUUGCUGGAGAACAGUGCGGCUCAAUCAGCGGCAAGCGGCCGCCGCGCUCCGCGGCGCAGCAGUACCCUCUAGCGGGCGUCGCUGGGCGGUACACUCGCUUGAUAGACUUGCACUUAAGGAAAAGUAAAACGGUGAGGUCGUGUUCAGGUGAGUGCGGCUCUAGUGGCAUAGAUGCGGUUGAGUUAACUAACUGGGAUAUUAAUGAGAGGGAGAUAUUUGAUGAACCCCAAGAAGAGACUUUCAUAUGGAAGAAAGAAGGCAAACAGUUACAGAGGGCCACUGAUUCUGGCUCUAGAAAGUCCAUAUCAAAAGGACACCCUUUACAGACAGAACGGGGAGGUGAAUUGACAGACAGCUUGUCCUCGCUAAGAAGGGUUGCAAGGAGGCUUCUGGAGUUCAACAAAGAAGAAGUCCCAAACGAUACACACCACACUGACUUCUCUACAGAAAAUGAAGAGUAUUCCGGGGAGCAAGAGGGACUGCAGAGCACUGCUGGGGAGCUGUGGAGGGAAGAUGUACGCAAUGUGCCCGCAAAGUGGAUGACAGCCAUGUAUUUUGGCGGCCAGGCGGAGCAACUAAAGGUGAACCCUGUCUUUGGCAUAGACCUGCCCCGCUCCAGGUUCACUUUAGAGCUGUGGGUCAAGCCGGAGGGUGGCCAGAAUAAUCCUGCCAUCAUUGCAGGCGUGUUUGACAACUGCUCGUAUCCCUUGAGCGAAAAAGGUUGGUCUGUUGGGAUUCGAGCAGCAGACCCUACAGGAAGAAAAGAUGGCAGGUUUUUCUUCUCACUUCGCACGGAUCGGGCGCUCAAAUCCACCACUAUCAUCGCGCACAAGCGCUACCAGCCCAACAGCUGGACUCAUGUGGUGGCCAGUUAUGACGGCCACAAGAUGGCGCUGUACGUAGACAAUUCCAAGGUUGGCGAGAGCAGAGAACAAUCAGGUGACCUAUACAGUCCCUACAUCAAAGCCUGUCGCAUGUUUCUGCUUGGUGGGGACCAGUCGGAUCACGAACACAGUUUCCGCGGGCAUUUGGGAGGUGUCACGUUAUGGGGUUAUGCGCGAACGCACGAAGAACUUCUUAAAGGUCACCAAUCCCAUGCAGAAAAACAAACUCUGCUAUUGUCCCAGUGGGCAGAUUUCUCCAAGGUUGAGAAUCAGUGGGCGCCCUACAAAGACCGUCACAACCCAGUCAUUGUGGCUCUUCCUGUCCCCGAGCGGCAACUUGUUUCUCCAUUUCUUCCGCCUCCAUGUGGUGUGACCGUGUGUGACAAUGCCGACUUCGCCCUCAGUUACAACCAGCACUGGCAACUGCGAGCCAAGAAGCGCUUACACUACCGCAUCGUGAACAUCUGUAAGGAUGACGGCAGUGACCCUACGGUCUCUCUCCAGCAGAUCCAGCUCCAACACCAGGCCUUGGAAGAUGCCUUCCGUCCUUACAACAUCACCAUUGAGCUCAGCAUUCACACCAUCUACAACUCUUCCCUCCAACGGCGCUUCAUCCUCAGCAACUGCCACAUUGCCAAGGUGGGGAACCGCCACUGCGAUCCCGAAUGCGACCAUCCUCUUACGGGCCACGAUGGGGGCGACUGCUUGCGCAUGGGGCCCUGCUACAACUGGAAGCGGAGGGAUGGAGUCUGCAACCCCGAGUGCAACAGCAUUCACUAUGAUUAUGAUGAUGGUGAUUGCUGUGACCCCGAGGUCACAGAUGUCGCAAAGACCUGCUUUGAUCCAGAGUCUUCUCAGAGGGCUUAUCUGAGCGUGAAGGAACUGAAGGAACUGCUCCAUCUGAGCAGUUCAGACACUCUCAACGUGUUCUUCGCUAAUAAUUCGGCACGCGAGGAGCUUGCUGGGGUUGCCACCUGGCCAUGGGCAAAAGAAGCUCUUACUCAUCAAGGCGGAAUGAUUCUUAACCCCUCCUACUUUGGCACCAAAGGACACAACAACACCAUGAUCCAUGAGAUGGGUCAUAUUUUGGGACUGUACCAUGUGUUUAAGGGUGUGAGUGAACGCGAGUCAUGUGAUGACCCCUGUCAAGAGACCACCGCAUCAAUGGAGACGGGAGAUCUGUGUGCUGAUACAGCACCAACACCAAAGUCUAAAGUUUGUCAUGACCCUGAUCCAGUCAAUGACACGUGUGGCCUUACCCAAUACAAAAACACACCCUACAACAACUACAUGAGUUACACAGAUGAUGACUGUACAAACCAUUUUACACCCAAUCAAGUAGCUCGGAUGCACUGCUAUAUUGAUUUGGUCUACAAAACCUGGGUCCAUGGCAGAAAGCCCACCCCUGUUCCUCUUGCACCAGUGGUGAUUGGUCAAGAUGCAGAUUCCAUCACCAUUCAUUGGCUGAACCCAAUCAGUGGGCCACUUGCCCACAGGGAAGGUGACAUGAGCUGUCAUCUCUGUGAUGAGAAUGGAGCGCUCCAUCAGUAUGCCCAUGAGGCCACUUCUCCUCACGCCUGUGAUUCCACUGGAUACUGGACACCAGAGGAAGCAGUGGGGGCCCCUGAUGUGUACCAGCCAUGUGAGCCCAGCAUGCAAGCCUGGAGUCCUGAAGUUAACCUGUAUGAGCCCAACAUGACUACGCCAUGCCCCCAGAUCGAGGGCUGUGUGUUGGAAUUGCACUUCCUUCACCCGGUUGUCCCUGACAGUUUGACCGUAUGGAUCACUUACACCUCAGCCAAUCAAAAGGCAAUUGCUAAUAUUGUGCUCAUAACUGAGAAUGGCGAGAUGUUCCACACAGGUCCUCAGCAUGCUUUCUGUGACAUUCCUUUGACCCUCCAUUUACAUACUAGUAAGAAGGUCAAGACCGUUAAAAUCUCCACCUUUGAUAAGAAGCUGGAGAUCGAUGCUGUUUUGCUGACCUCGCGGCCCCAAAAUCCUCUCUGCUCUGGCUGCCGCCCCCUUCUCUACAGAGUGCUUAGAGAACCACCAAUCAGAGAGGACCAGAGUCCCGUCAUCGUCAAACAGCCCACAUACACUGACAGUGAUGUGCAGAGGGACGUUCAGUACCUGUACAGGAUCCAGGUGGAAUCAGACGGUUUGUUCAGUGAACUUUCCCCAGGCCUGGUUUACACUCAUGGAGAACAUUUCUGUGGUGAUGGCACACUACAGGGGACUGAGGAUUGUGAUGACGGGAAUCUCUUAGAUGGAGACGGCUGCUCAAAAAAAUGCCAAGUUGAACCAGGUUUCAAGUGUCAUGGUCGGCCGAGCCUGUGCUAUGUUUUUGAAGGGGACGGAGUGUGUGAGGAGUUCGAAAGACGUUCCAGCAUCCAGGACUGUGGCUUUUUCACUCCCCAGGGGUUCACUGAUCAGUGGGCGUCCACCGCCUCGGGCUCGCAUCAGGACGAGAGCUGCCCUGCCUCAAAGGUCACCGGGGAGCCUGUGCUCACUCAGAUGUGCAAGUCGCAGUAUUUUGACAUUAAUGAAGUAGUGGCUCAUGACGCCUGGAGCCCCUGUACUACCCAUUUGAAUGGUUACUAUACUCAGGAUCAGCCUGUCUGGCUAAAGGUAGGAUUUGAGCGACCGGGUGUAGCAGCCUCUGUUAUUAUCUACCUUGCCUAUGAUGGUAGUUGGCAUGACGAAAAUUGCAGGAAAACAGUGACCAUUGAACUGUGUGACACCACUGGAAAAAAACACAAUCUUGGUUCGUACGAGCUGUCAUGUCAGUAUAACCCCCUAGUGGUGAAUGUGACUCAUAACCUGAGUGUGCCCUUCUACCAGACUUCAGCAGUGCAGCUCAACUUCUCCUCCUCUCAAGUGGCGGUGUUGGCAGUUGCAUUGCGUACAUCUUGUCACUUCAGCGCCUUUGCCCUGACCGGAUGUGUGCGUAGGCUGUGCAGUACUGAGUCAUGCAGUCCUCUAAACGUCGAACAUGCUUCAGUCCGCUGUACUCCAGUCAUAGACUCCAAACACUGCUCUGUUUCUUGUCAUCGUGGUUAUAUGCUCACCGUUCUCCAUGGCCAGGGCCUUCCUUCUCAUCAAACGGAAGCAGAGCUGAUUUGUGUGCAUGGAGUGUGGGACCGUGUAGUGAGCUGUCAGCCAGUGGACUGCGGCCCACCUCCUCAGUCUCACGUCUACUUUGCCUCCUUCUCGUGUCCCUGGGGCACCACAUUCGGCAAGCAGUGCACCUUUUCCUGUAACGCCCCGGCGAUCCUGCAAGGUGAAAGUGACACAUUGGUUUGUCUUGAGGAUGGACUAUGGUCAUAUCCAGAGGCUUACUGCAAGAUUGAGUGUCCGGAUCCACCUUCUGUACCCAAUGCCACGCUGCUAGUUCCUCAGUGUCAUGGAGGCGGGCAUGACGUGGGCACUGUGUGCCGCUACAAAUGUAACCCGGGAUAUUACGUCACUGGCACACUCAACAAAAAGCCAAGAAAGAAGUUUCUGAGGUUGGAGUGUUUGGAGGGUGGGAUGUGGCAAGAGGGCAGCUGUUCACCUGUCACAUGCCCUCCUCUCCCGCUGAUGUUUGAGGGCAUGUACACCUGCACCAACAAUUUGGAUUUCGAUAGUAUCUGCACCCUACAGUGUCCCGAUUCAACAGAAAGGUCAAGCAUUCGAUGCACCAAAGAUGGCAAAUGGACUGAGGACUUUACUAUGUGUAAGAAGAUAGAGGGACCGUGCCAGCCUCCUCUUGACCUUAAUCUGGUGGAAUACAGCUGUGAGGAGGGCUUUGACGUGGGUGCAGUCUGUUACCCAACAUGCAUUGUGGCCUUGAGUGACCCUGUGGUGUUAACCAAUGGCUCCAGCGCUGAUACAGUAGAGCACUGGAUGCUUCCCAGCAAGGUGCAGAGUAUUGUCUGUACUGGCAUGUUGAAGUGGCAUCCGAAUCCAGCACAGAUCCACUGCAUUCAGUCCUGUGAGGUCAUUCAAUUCGGGGUGGACUGCGAUCAUGAUGAGUGCACCUGCCGUGACCCCGAAGCCGAGGAGAACAAGGGCACAGCCAAGCGAAAGGAGCCAGGAGCGCUGUGAAUGAUAGCGAGGCGGAGAGCGCGUGGACAGCUCUCAGAUUGGCUUGAAAAGAAAAUGCCAAACAAUAACCUGAAUGUUUCUCACUCCACAUAAGAGCAAGGCUGAUCAAAGGCAGUAAUUCAAACCACAGAAGUGCAUAAAAACAAUCCUCUUCAACACUAAUCUAUGAAAUAAUACCUAAUAUAUUUUCAAGAUCUCUAACAUAGAUGUAGAUGUAGAUAUGACCCAUAUUUUAACCCACAAGCAUUUAUGUACACCAUCACACACACACACACACACACACAUAUAUCAAGUGUAGCUGAUUUUUAUGAAUAUUUUAUACCAAUAGCUCUUGCUUGUUGUGAGCCACAUUCUCAAUAUUACUUCCACCUAUAUGUCAUUAAUACAGGUAUAUAAACAAGUGCUUAUCUCAGACUGUCAGUUCAAGAUUUCAAGAUUUUUCCCCCUCUCCUUAUCCUUAUUUGAUACCCUCUACAUGUACAUGCAAAACCUGUGAAAUGCGUGUGUUUUGGGAAAAGAGUUAAUGUAUAGCAAUUGUAAUGGAAAUAUAUGAUACUAUUUUUGUAUGCUCUUCUGUCUGUUAAAGUGUAGGUGCGCUGUCAUAUCAAUAAAGUAUAAAUA